AUGCCCCUGGUCAUCGCCUUGGCGUCCGUGUCGUCGCUCUUCCUGUUCUCGGUGCUGGUGUUCGUGGCGGUGCGGCUGUGCAGGCGGAGCCGGGCGGCGUCGGCGGGCCGCUGCCCGGUGCCCGAGGGCCACUUUCCGGGCCACCUGGUGGACGUCAGCGGCACGGGGACGCUGUCCCAGAGCUACCAGUAUGACGGCGCUGGUGAAGAAAUAGAGGAAAACGCCACCUUCCGGAAUAGCUUUGGAUUCAGUUAGGGAUCUGGUCACAAUGCCGUGAGUUUUAUCAUUUAUCUCUAGUUUCCCGGAACACCGAGUUUGAGAGCGUCAUGGAGAAAAAUCCUACCUUCAGGUAUGAUUUCCCUGAGUUUAUCCUUUUCAACUUUAUCUUGCCCAAUUUUGGAAAAACUGAUUUCUGUGUCACUGCAUCUAUGUACACACAAUGACAUUCCAAAUCUAUGCAUGUUUUCCUGAAAUGUUUGCUUUGGAUGGCAUUUGUCAGGAUAAGCUGUCUUAAUGAAAUGAAAUACGGUUUUUCUUUUUAUUCUAUCCAUUCUGUUUCAUCACACUCUAAGUACUUUUGAUGCU